AUGUCAAACCAUCUCCAAGAGCCAUUCACCACUACCCAUAAACCGAAUCUAACCAAAGAAAAACAACAAGCUGACAAAGAUAUUAUGGUGAGCUUGCAAGCAGAAAAGAUCGUAAACUCCUUGGCCCUCCCCAUGGUUUUUAAAGCUGCCUUGGAACUCGGCGUUAUCGACACUAUCACUGCUGUAGGUGAUGGCGUGUGGCUCUCCCCUUCGGAGAUAGCACUUAAUCUCCCCAUCAAGCCCAACAACCCGGAGGGACCGGUUAUGCUAGACCGGAUGUUGCGCUUCCUCUCUACUCACUCCAUCUUGAAAUGCCGCUUUGUUGAAACAGGAGAGACCGGUACGGUAUAUGCUGCUGAACCGGUUUGCAAGUUUUUCUUGAAAGAUAAUGAUGGGUCCACUACAAGAAAACAACCACUUUUCCGACGGAAAUUCCGACGGCCGAGAUUUCCGUCGGUUUACCGACGCAAUUACGACCAAAAUUAA